AUGGACAUGCUUGGAGAGAUCGUAGAGCAUGAGAUUGAGGCACCGAAGCCUCCACAAAUGACUGCUAAAACGGGGUUUCCGGAUUUGAAUAAGUUAAAGGAGAAGAAAGUAUCGAAGUGGAAACAGAGACUAGAAUCAAAGAAGGUUCCAGAGGUGCAACAGUCGAACCCAGUUACUACUGAACCUAAAUCAGAAGCUGAAAAGAUCCAUCAAGAGAACUUGGACAAAAUAUCGCAAAUGACUAGCGAGGAAAUAGAACAAGAGCAGGCAGAGUUAUUAAGUGGUUUGGAUCCAAACCUCAUUAAAAGUCUCUUGAAAAGAUCCGAAAAGAAAGAAAAAAGCAACGAGAGCUGUUGUAAUGACGGCCAUGAUGAACACGUACAUGCAGAGGGAUUUAAUGGAUGGAUAGGUGGUGGAAGAACCAGUGAUGAAUGGGCAGAUGUAACUCUAUUAGAUGAAAAGGAUGUUGAUAAGGCACUAGGGAUUAGCCGUUUAAAUUUAGAGGAUGACCUCAAAAUAGAUAAGCAGGAUAACGAGCCUAAAGAUAAUUCUAAAACUGUAAGAUUUGAAGAUGUGACUACUGUGAAAUACGAAGAUUUAGAUGCGAAUGUUGAGUUGGAUCCUAAUGGAUGGGAAGACGUAGAAGACGUAAAUGACUUAAUUACGGGAAAUAUAGAUGAAGUAGCUCACAAGGAUUACCAAUUAGUGAAUGAUUCAGAUGAUGAAAACGAUGGCUCAACUUUUCAUUUCCCGAAGCCAAUUCAGGUUAAUACUGAUAAUGAAAAACUUGACUUAAAUGAUCCUGAAUUUUAUGAUAAAUUACAUGAGAAGUAUUAUCCUGAUUUACCGAAAGAAACGCAUAAGCUAUCAUGGAUGACGGAGCCAUUGCCAAAACAAGCUACUACGACGUAUGAAUCAAUUUCGGAUAUGAGAUUUGACUUCAAGGGCGAUUUGGUUGAUUUAACAAUAUCAGACUCUGAUGCGAAAGAAGAGAUACCUACAUAUUUAGGUUUACACCAUCAUUCUGAAAAUCCACAUUUACCGGGCUACACAUUGAGCGAAUUAGCUCACUUGUCCCGCUCUGUACUUGCAGGUCAAAGGUCCUUCAGCAUACAAAUUUUGGGCAGAAUUUUGCAUAAACUAGGAUUACACAAGUAUAACAUUUUACCAGUAGGAGAAACCGAAGACCAAGAAUUCAAUGAGAAUCUAACUGAACUCAUGUCGAAUUUCGAAAACUUAAUGUGGGAUUUGAUUGAAGAAUUGAGAAUCAUUGAUUCUCUAACAGAGGCUGCUGAUGAAUCAAAAACUAGGAAUUUAUCUGUAAGAAACUAUGCUAUAGAAGCAUUAUGGUUAUGGAAGCAAGGUGGUGGUAGAAAAACAAGCGGUGAUAAGACAGAGAACAGUGAGUAUAUAGCAUCUAACAUGGCGCAGUAG